UACUUUCUAGUCGGGAUGUGUUUGUUAGAGCACCCAGUUCCGCCAUGCUGGUUGUCGCAGCGGCGGCAGUGCUGUUGCUGCUGUGGUAUGUCUGCAGCCGCUGCAUGGACUCGGUGUCAGACCGGGUGGCGGGGAGUGUGCUGCCGAGUGCCGGUACCCCGCUGCUGCUCAUUGCCCACCCGGAUGAUGAGUGCAUGUUUUUUGCUCCAACUGUGCUAGGCUUGCUGCGGGAGCAGCGCCACCUGUCUGUGCUUUGCUGCUCUACAGGAAAUUACUACAAUCAAGGGGAGAUUCGUAGGAGAGAGUUGAUACAGAGCUGUGCUGUUUUAGGAGUCCCUCCCACCCAUGUUACGAUUAUUGACCACAGCGACCUUCCUGACAAUCCCAGUACACAGUGGGACCAAUCUCUUCUCUCCUCUCUAAUUUCAAACCAUAUACAAGAGAAGAACAUAGAUCUGGUUAUCACGUUUGAUGAAAGAGGUGUGAGCGGACAUUCUAACCACAUUUCCUUGUUCAGUACCGUAAGAUCUCUACACAGUUCAGGAAAGUUACCUGAAGGCUGCUCUGUUUUGGUGUUGGAGUCUGUUAGCAUUUUAAGGAAAUACCUCUCAGUAAUAGAUCUGCCAAUCAGCUGGUUCUGUAAGCAAGAUGUUCUUUUUAUAUCAUCAAGGACACAAUACAAACAAGCCAAGGAGGCAAUGUUAUGUCACCAAAGCCAACUUCUCUGGUUUCGUCAUAUUUACUUGCUGCUCUCACGUUACAUGAUGAUCAACUCAUUGCGGUUUCUCCAUGGUAAGAAGACCCAGAAAGAAAGUUGACUGCUUUUACCAGAUGUUUGUUCUUGAUGCCUGCAAGUCACUGAGCACAGAUGAGGCUAUCAGACAUUCCACAAUGCUGCAACGACUACAUUGCGUAUUCAGGAGUUACAACCCGCAUUCCCAUUCCAAGUUUUGAUAUGUUAUGUUGGCCAUAACAUGGAUAGACUGUCACAAAAGUAUAAAUUAUAUUUUAUGGUGCUGCUCACCUGGUGGAUUAGGCUGUAUAGUACACUGGGACAAUGGUGUUUUCUCUGCAAUACCUACUGGAGCUGUGGUUCUGUUUUGUGGCGAGAAAUCUGAACGCAGAGUCAACAUCCACGCACUGUUGCUAGUACUAUGACUUCACUCACACUGGAUUGUCAUCUCAGUUUCACAUAUGGGAGCUGUGAUCCCAACACCUGUUAUCUGCGAAAGGCUGGAAAGUAAAUAAUUGCUGCUGCUCAGCGAUAUCAGACUCACAGAUGUGAUCACCCUCCUCCUCCUAUGGUCACCGUGAGGAGCUUACGGUACAGUCUAAUGAGGAUAGCGUAGGGAAAGACUAAUCAUUGGCAAAAGCGAUUUACAAUAUUUAGGCCAUGAUGUGUCAAAUAAAUAACUUGUAAUAAUGACCAAAUAUCCAUUUCUCUGCUGAGAUGAGUAUGGCUAUAAGGGUAUUAUGGUUCCUGAAACUAGAUAAAGAUCCCACAUAGAGUAUAAUUAUAUCUGCAAAUAAGUUACCCUCAUCUAAGAGUCUCUGAUCUCUCUCUCUCUAGUACAAAAUGUCACAUUGCAUGCAGGUUACAGAUAAUCUGUUAUCGUACUGUUGUGCAUUAUAAUAAUGUGAACAAACAUGACUUAUGAAUAUAUUUUUUCUGAAAUAAAGUAUAUAUGCACUGGUAAUUUUGUAAUAAAAUUAAUUAGGAUUGCA